GCGCUGACUCCUCUAUCCCCGAGUCCCCUCCUCGGAAGUAGACGCAUCAGUCUAUUCCGUUCUUUUAUUUUUAUAUUUUUUACAUAACCCCUUUCCCUAACACAACCUGUUAUGGAGGCCAGGAUGGAUGAUUAAACCGAAAAACGGGUCCCCGAUUUCACCCCAUAUUUAUCCUGGAUUUGAGUGGACCGGAUGAAAUCCAUCUGUGGUGGUCUCCGCUUCGCAGGGGAGGUAGCUGUAUCCAGUGGGGAGGUAGGCUCAACCAGGGGACAGGAUGAAGUCCUUCGAACCCUGGGGACGCCAGAGGCUGGCUUUUCUUCUGGAAAAGGCAGCUUCUAGGGAAGCCCAGAUGUGGAAGGUCUACCUGCCUAAGAAGACCUCCCCACAGGAUACAGACGUCUCCCCUGCACAGCGGGACGAGGCGGUGCGCUGGCUGACGGAGUUCCACAGCAAACUGCAGCUGUACCCAGAGACCCUGGUGGUCGCUGUGAGCAUCCUGGACCGCUUCCUAUCCACCAUCAAGGCCCGUCCCAAGUACCUGCGCUGCAUCGCCAUCACCUGCUUCUUCCUGGCUGCUAAGACCUGUGAGGAGGAUGAGCGUGUGCCCUCUCUCAAAGAGAUGGCCACCUCCAGCGACUGUGGCUGCUCUCCGUCGGAGAUCCUGAGGAUGGAGAGGAUCAUCCUGGACAAACUGAGCUGGGAUCUGCACACCGCCACAGCACUGGACUUCCUGCACAUCUUCCAUGCGAUGGUGUUGUCGUGCCGCUCCGGGUUCUUGGACUCUGUGUCGGCCCUGAGGAGCGCUCAGCACCUCACCCUGCUCGCACAGCGCCUCUACCACUGCCUGGCCGACCACACGCUCACCCAGCUCAGAGGAUCCAUGCUGGCCUUGGCCCUGAUCACCCUGGAGCUGGAGACCUGCUGCCCCGACUGGCUGGUUCUUACCAUGGACCUGCUGAGGAAGGCACAGAUCGACAGCUCUGAGUUGAUUCGGAGUCGAGAGCUGGUGGCUCGUAGUCUGUCCACACUGAGAGCUUCCCUGCCUCCCAACACUGUCUACAUCUACCAACCCCCCCGGAGCCAGAGCACCUUGCAGCCUCCGGCCCCGAACCCCGCCCUCCCCCACUACACUCUGGGGAUCAUCACCUCCACCCAGGAGUAUUCCAGGGACCACAUCCUCGCCACCGCCACCCUUGAUGGUGGGGAGGAGGGGAACCAGCAGCCCUGGAGCUCUGUCUCCACCACCUGCACCGCUAACAGCAGCAUGCCAGUUCUAGUCGCUCCCCCAAAACACCUCGGCCCUCUUAAGGUCACACUGCGCUGCAAGGCCUCCACCAAGCGCAAGGUGGAGGAGAUGGAGGUGGACGACUUCUACGAUUGCAUCAAACGCCUCUACAACGAAGACGCCGUCCACGACGGGGCAACAGGUGGAGGAGGUCUCGGCGUCUGCAGUGUCCUGUUGACCCGACAGGAAGGCAGCUCAUCCCCCUGCCCGCCUCUGCAGCCAGUCGGUUCCUCCUAGAGACCAAACCGGAGCCCGUGACCCAAACCGCCUUCACGCCGACGUCCCUGUUACCGUUUGAAAUGAAGCUCCAUCUCUGUUAGCCAUGUUUGCCGCUUGUUCCAUUUAAAGUGAGCAGCGGUAACCGGUGACCUCGGCCGUGACGGGGGUUUUGGUUUUGGGGCAAACGACCCCAGCGUGACCCCGAGGCGUUCAGCUGCCCGAGGUCAGCUCCCAUCGUCCCCUGCAACAGGAAAUCGGAGCCCAAAAAAAGCUAAACAUUCAAAAACUAAAAAAACUGCUGCUGCUAUGUUAUUAACUAUAUUUGUUGAACACAGAUGCAUUAUAACAAAAAGGUUAAAAAAAUAUAUAAAUAGAAAAGUUACCUUAAAAAAAUAGAAUUGAGACCCCGCCCACUCUAUCUUGUUUGUCAACUUAUUUUUGUUGUUCACAUCUUUAACUUUCCUUUCACAUAUUUAUGUUUUUCCUUCUACCUCCUUCCCUGUCCUUCAUCACUCUGCAUGUUCUCGUCUCUUUCAUAGAGAAAUGUGUGACAAUUCUGUGUAUCGCACAGCCUUUCUUUUUAGUGAAGUGCAAUUUGAUUGUCAAUAAGAUGCUGAUCUGAUUCCGCCCUCCUAUGACUUCCUCUGCCCCCCCCCCCCCCCCCCGGCCUGAAUGAACACGUUUCGAGUGGUUUUAAUGCCCCACAAAUUGAAAUCUUGCUUUAAUCUGAGGUUCUGGCCACGUUCUAAUGAAAAGCUCCCAUGUAUUACAACCAAUAAUGCUCUCACACAGAGGGAGUCAAACUGCUACUCCUUAUGGAAUAACACAACCUCCACCUAUUUAAUAUUAAGCUAUUAAAUGAAUGUUUGUUUUUUUGUCUGCGCUUCAGUAGGAGUUUCCAAAAAAACAAAAUGCUCUUGUUUUUAUUGAAGUUCUGUUUAAUAUAUUUGUGUUCCUGUGAAAAGCACCGUUUCCUGCUGUGGGAGAUGCUGAUGGCUGCUUCGGGUCCCUGAACACACCACGGCACCAAUAAAUGAAAAGAUAAUACUAUAAAAAAAA